GGUAACACGGCGACGUGCGCAGGGAACCCGAUGUCCGUCUACGGAACGUGAUCCUUAAUUUUUAAAUGGAAUGGGACACUGCACAGUAUUGACCGUAUCCGCUUAGUAUAUGCCUUUAAUCAUAUCAGUAUUUGUAACCGUUAAACAAUUUUGAUGACUUUAAUAGACCUAUUGACAAAGUUUUGGAACAUUUGUUUCUUUUAAAUCUACUCGUAUAUGUAUUAUUUUCAAGCGUGAUCACAUCUUUGUGAUCAUACUAUAUAUGUUAUGGAGGAGAAUCGAAUUCCUGCGAACAGAAACGUGCUGUGUCUGUUUGACGUGGACGGCACGCUAACACUAGCUAGAGAAAAAAUAGAUCCGGAGCUCGACCAGUUUUUCCAGUCACUGCGGAGGAAGGUCAAGAUCGGCGUGGUGGGGGGUUCCGACUACUCCAAGAUCGCAGAGCAGUUGGGGGACGGCGACGAAGUGAUUCACAAGUUUGACUACGUGUUUGCGGAAAACGGCACGGUGCAGUACAGGGACGGGAAGCUCAUCUCCAAACAGGCCAUCCAGAACCAUCUGGGCGAGGAGCUGCUGCAGGACCUCAUCAACUUCUGCUUGCGCUACAUGGGGCUUAUCAGGCUGCCCAAGAAGAGGGGUACAUUCAUCGAAUUCCGUAACGGGAUGAUCAAUAUCUCCCCGAUCGGCCGCAGCUGUACACUGGAGGAGCGAAUCGAGUUCUCCGAAAUCGACAAGAGAGAGAGGAUCCGCGAGAGGUUUGUGGAGGCGCUUCAGCAGGAGUUUGCCGGCAAGGGGCUGCGCUUCACGCGGGGGGGCCUCAUCAGUUUCGAUGUGUUCCCUGAGGGGUGGGACAAACGUCUCUGUCUGGACGUGCUGGAGGGGGAAGGCCUGGAUGCCAUCUACUUUUUCGGCAACGAGACCUCGCCGGGGGGUAAUGACUAUGAAAUCUUCAAUGACCCACGGACUAUUGGCUACACGGUUUUCUCUCCCGACGACACGGUCAGGCUCUGCAAGAACCUGUUUUUCAACACUCCUUCUAUUGAUUCCUGACGUCUGCCUUGGGUGGGGGUGGGGGUGAACAUCGGCUCUACCAGCCUUUGUACGCCCCCUGCUGUCAAGGAGCGGUAUCGCACAGAGAGCACUACAGUGUAGUAGGGCUGUGGCAGACAACUGGACACAAAAACAAGACUAAUGAUUUACUACUUCUGAUUGUAUUUUGACUGUGAUUACCAGUGGUGUUGUGCCAUCACUGCCAGUAAUUCAAAGCAACUGGAUUUUUAAAACAUAACUUUGCUAAAAGUCUAAACAAACAGUGUUGUAGUAAGAAUUAAAACAAAGAACGUGUUUUUAAAUGUAUGUCAAUGAAGGGAACACCCUGCUGUUUUUCUUAUGCCUUUUAACAUGGGGAUGUGGUGAUAUUUUAUUGUUAAACACUCCACACAUACUCCCUGUAAUUAGCAAACUCAGGUGCCAGCGGCAGGCUGUGAGCCAGACUUCCAGCAGGGGGCGCAGUCUAAAUACAGUCCCUGAGAGAAUCGCUUAUCCGCGAGUCCUGGGAACUUCGCAUGAGAGGCAGCAAUAGCGUGGCCGGCGAUCGCUGUACCACAAUCACCUGCUCUAGGUUUUUACUCCUAAAAUGUAUAUGCUUUGGUUAUCAAAACACUGCCAUUCAUUAUCUGCUUCUAUACCACGGUAUUAAAGGACAAGCCAUUACAUUGAUGAUUAAUUGGUAUUGUCCCUUUUAGAGGCAGCAGGUGGCGCUGUGGUCGGGGGGGGUGGUUUUAUUAUUGUAAGUGAAUUGAUGGAGUAUACAUAAUAUGCUGAAUCAAUCAGUCUGUGUAAAGAUCCUUCAAUAUAAUGUUUUUUGUCAUUAAUAAUAAAACACUCGUUAGCAGAAGAGGCUACACAGGGUCACAUGGUCUCUCUGGGCCUCUAAGAUCCAUGACCCUGACAGCCCCCUGAUUGGUGUCUUUGUCCACCCCCACAAGCCCCCCCUCCCAGUAUAGAGGGGGCCUUCAGUAUCACCACUCUCACACUGACAUUGAUGUCUGCUUGCCCCCAUUCUGGGAGCAGAGUCAUCACAAGGUGCCAUAGCAAAUCCCAGCCAGGACCUGCUGCUCUUCCCUGGGGAGGGUAACCUGAAUACAUGGUAUACUAUGCUUAUACUGUACUCAGUGUACUGUACUCAGUGUACUGUACUCAGUGUACUGUACUCAGUGUACUGUACUCAGUGUACUGUACUCAGUGUACUCAUGGACAAAGGUAUACAUUAACUGUACAGUACAAUGUGUCAGCAUGGAAAAAAACAGGCACUCCUUUGAAGAGCAUGGAAUUACAAAGCAAGUAAAAUGACAUUCUGUAAUAAAUUUUAUUAAACAAA